AUGAAGCACGUUAGAUGUUCAGGGUCGCCAUAUGAAAUUGGCCAACAACACGGUCAAGCUGCCAAAGCCGAGGUGGAGGGGAGUAUUGCCUUCUACGCCGACUUCUUUCAGCAACGCACCAAGCUUUCAUGGCCUCAGGUGCGCGAUGUAGCACGGAAAUUCCUACCGUGGCUGGAUGCCCGGUACCCUGAAUACGUCGAGGAAAUGAAAGGCAUUGCCGAUGGCGCCGGGCUUGAUCUGGAGUCGAUUGUCGCUCUCAAUGUCCGCACCGAGAUCGCCUUUGGCAUGUUAAGUGAUGGCUGUACCGCGCUGGCAUGGAAGACUUCCGAGGCGAGUUUCAUCGCCCAGAACUGGGACUGGAGGGCUGAACAAGCCCCCAACAUCAUCUCACUCUGGAUCGACCAAUCUCCCAAGCCACGGAUACACAUGAUGACCGAAGGGGGCAUCAUUGGCAAGAUCGGACUGAAUUCGGCCGGGGUCGGAGUCACUCUCAAUGCGAUCCAGGCGCCUGGUGUUGCCUACGACAAACUCCCCUGUCACCUCGCCCUCCGGACAGUGCUCAACAGUACUUCUAGGGAAGAAGCCGCCAACACGCUUCACCGGGUGGGAGUGGCAUCGGCUUGUCAUAUCACAAUCGCAGAUGCCUCGACAGGGGCCGUGGGGCUGGAAUGCACCGCUCGCGACAUCGUUGACUUGCCCAUGGAUCAGAAAGGGACGUGCACGCACUCCAACCAUCUGGUCAAACAACACGAAGUCGAAGGGACAUUAUGGCUGAAAGACUCGCCUUUCAGACUGGACCGAAUUCAAGAACUAAUCAAAGGGGUCGAUCAGCCGUCUUUACAAAAUCUGAGCGAGAUGCUGAAGGAUGAAAAGAACUACCCCACUGCCAUCUGCAGAGCUCCGGGCGAGAAAGGCUCAAGUCAGACGCUGUUCUCAAUCAUCAUGGACUUGAAGCAGGGCUUUGCGAGGGUGAAAAUGGGAAGGCCGACCGAGGACGGAGAAACUUUUGAAUUGAGACCAUAG